AUGAAUUAAUCAGAAACAUGUUAUGAUUCAGAUUUAUUUGUAAAUGAAUAAUUGACCGGCUUAACCUGUCCAAUAGGGUUGGGAGUUCUUAGAAAUCCAGUUUUUGAUUAGUGUGGACAUGUAUUUUGUUAUGGAUGCAUCACGGAUUGGCUCAAAAAAUAGAAGCUAUGUCCCAUCAACAAGCAGCCAUUAAAUGAAAAUUAAUUAAUUAAAGCAAUACCCAUUAAAAAUAUGAUUGAUGAACUAGAAUUGAAAUAGUGUUUAUUGAAGUGUAAUUGGAAGGGAUCCUUAGACAAAUAUUGGACACACGAUGAAAAAGAAUGUCCUGAAAAAUAGUUGAAUUGCUCCAAUAAAAAUUGUAAUGUGGUGAUGAAAAGAGCAUCUCUUCAAUAGCAUAUAGAGCAUGAAUGUGAACAUUAAUAAAUUAAGUGCGAAAAGUGUUAAGAAAUUUUAAUUAGAUCUAAUUAGAAUCAACAUUCAGAGGUUUGUCAAGGCAGAAUGAUUAAAUGUGAAGAUUGCUUAAAGGAAAUAGUAUUUAUGGAUUAUAAUGAUCAUUAAACGAUAUGUCCUUAAAAAAAAAUUUAAUGUCCAAUUGAAGGUUGCAGUGAGAAAAUCAAGGAAGUCAACUUAGAAGAACAUGUAUCUAAUUUUAAGCAUUUCCUAAUACUUUAAUAAUAAAUUAAACACUUAAAAGAUGAGUUGGCUUUGACUAAUAAAAAGAUGGAUAGCCAGCAAAUCCCAUAUUUGGAUGGAUGGAGGACAUCUUUGUCUAAGAGUGUUGAAAGUAGAGAGUGGCUAUCAGUAAAUUCGAUGCAUAAAAUAAAAGCCCCAUUUUGUUUGCGAUUCGAGGCUUUGAAUAUUAAUAAACGACCUAAUCAAUGGAGAGCAGUGAUAGGGGUAUCUCAAGAGAAGCUAAAGAAUAAUCAUUUAUGGUAUAGACAACAAAAUUCUUUCGUGUGGAUAUUUGGAGGUUUUAAAUGCAGUAGUCAAGCAGAAAAGUAUGGUAAUGAAGUGCAAGAUGAGAAUUUUCAGGCUAAGAUGGUAUUGAAUCAAUAGGGCGAACUCUCUUUUGAGCACUCUGGAAUUGACAUGGGUGUUGCAUUUGUGUUGCCAAAGGAAGUCUUUGCAGAUGGCAUGUAUUUGAUCGUUUCUAUAAUUAAUCAAGGAGAAAUCAGAUUGCUGUCACUGGAUAGAUUAGUUUGA